AUGGCGGAAUCCAAUCCAGGCGCCGCUUUUGCGCCUGAUGCUUAUGCCAACGCCUUUGUCCCUGGCAAGCCUCGCGAUACAACCAACCUCGUCCAGCAACGACUUCGCAAAGCCAAACUCUUCAACGAGGAGCUCGCAGACUAUUUCGCGGCUCGUCGUGAGCUUGAGGAGUCCUACCUCAAGCAGCUUCAAAAGAUCGCCAAACGCAACUUCCUCUCCGACCCUUCCUCCAUCCCACCUGGCUAUGCACCGGUCUACGAGCGACUCAUCCAGGAGCUCGCAGAGGUGGCCAGCGCCCACGGCGAAUUGGAGAAGCGCAUUGCCGAAGAUUGUGAAGCUCCCAUUCGCAAUGCAAGCUCCAAGGGCGAAUGGGGCCGUAUCAAGGAUCACGACGACUCUCUUGCCAACACCUUGAGGGAACUCAACUCGCUCGAAUCACAGCUUCAAAAGGAUCACAAGAAGCUCGAAGCCGCUUCUUCCAAAAAGGCGUCUCAAGCCAAUGCAAAGGUGCAAGAGACCGAACGAGCUAUCGCUCAAACGAUGGACAUCUGGCAGACCGAAGCGCCCUUUGCUUUCGAGGCUUACCAGCGCAUCGAUGCGCAACGCCUCGAGUUGCUCAAGGAGACCGUCGCCAAGUUCGAGACGGCGCAAAGCGAUGCUGCUCAGCGCAUCAUGUCGAGUUCCGAAAAGACCAUGCAGGAGUGCCUCACCUUUGAUACCCAGGCCGACAUGCAGGACUUUAUUCUCAAAAAUGGCUCGGCUGGUGCAACUGCUUCGUCCUCAGCGCGCAAUGGAAGGUCGACAGCAGCCUCGCGUCCCACGACCGCGACUACCCCAGCAGGACUCAACCGCCAAUCAUCCAUCGCCAGUCGCAGCAUCAGUAGUCGCACCGGUGGAGACUCCUCCGCCCGCGGCCGCACCAACGGUGGUGGUAUGGGCGAGUUUGGUGCGUCCACUGCUUCUAUCCACUCGGCGGACCGCACCAUGGGCAGCACGCAAGACAACACCCCAAGCAAGUCGGCUGGCUCCACCCUCAAGAACGCAUUCAGCCGAUUUGGGCGCGGACGUUCCAACAAGGACUCGUCCAACACACAGACCAUCUACGGCGGCCUGCCCGACGAGCCUGCUGAUUCGUCCUUCUCGUCGUCGAUCAACCGAAGGGGAACGCUGCGACAGAACUCGACAGCACAAGGGGGCGGCUCAUCAUCACGCAACCCUGCUACGUUGACUGCAGGCGACGACUCGAUCGACUCGAUGGCUCCCGGCUCGGGCGGAGGCUUGAUGGCGCCGCUCACGCCCUCGACCAUACCAGCGAGGAGCAACUCGACGUCUGUCCCAGCUAUCGUACCACCUUCGUCCACAGCUUCCGCUACGCCACUCGUUGACUCGGAAGGUUACUCGAUCCCUCCGCCCGAUCGCAAGCCUUGGGAGACGUCGGCUGGUGCGGGUGGAGGACUGGAUGCUGGUGCCGCAGGCGCUAGUGCGGCUGCCGGAUCUUCUUUGCUCGACGACGACAAUGACGACUCUCGAGACACUUUCGACAGCUCGCUCAACAACCGUGUCAGCACCAUGAACAUCAGCAGCCAGCCUAUCACCGAAGACGCAUCCAAGGACAAGGCGGCGCUCGAACGCAUGAAGUCGACGCUGCUCACCACAGGACCCCCCUCUCGCCGCGGCACCACGCGACGCGAUCGAAGGGACGUGCGCAACACGACGUACAAUCCUGCCUUAGGCGCUGUGGGGUCCAGCGGCGACGAGAACCGGUUAAGCCAGUUCGGUGCAUUAACCGCAUCGCCGCAGACGAGCGGGCCCAGUUCGCCCUCACCGUUCGGCACGCAGAGCACGUUCACGGGCACGGCGGGCGUGGGGCGACACCGCACGCAGAGCAUCGCGUCGGUCGCUUCGUCGACGACCAACAACAAUCCGUUCGAGAACAGCUCCACCUCGUCUCCCAUCAAGGCGAGCUUGAGCGAGAGGGUCAACGUUAUCUUUGUCGGGCGGGAGAUUUCCAAAGUCAUGGUUGUGGGUGAGCUCAGUGUUGCCGUUGGAGCAGGAUUAGCCGCGGCGGCCAGUGGCAAGCCCCUGCACAUCCGCAUCGAGGCGUUUGAGCAGUUGGAGAAGGCGGCUCCCAAUCCGGCGCUUCUGAAGCCUGUCCCAGGGGGAACCACGCCCGGCGAGUAUUUGCUGGACGUCAAGACACUGCUCGAGCAAGGCGCGGGCUCCGGACUGCCUGGAAGCGGCUCGCAAGCGGUGGUGCUCAAGUAUCAGGUGCACAUCUCGGAGGCGCGCAAGUCGGAAUACGUGCCGUUGCAGCUGCAUGCGCAGUGGCGAUGCGAGCCGCACCAGACGUCGUUUUUGAUGACGUAUACGCCCAACUCGUCCUGUCGCUUCUCUGCCACCGAUUCCACGCCGGCUGUGCUGCAAGACCUCCAAUUCGCCGUGUCGAUCCAACCGUCGAGCGUAAGCAACAUCAUGUCCAAGCCCACGGCCACGUUUGUCUCGGAGACCAAAUCGCUGUUUUGGAAGAUCAACGACAACCUCUCGCUCGCCAGUGGGGCGGAUCAAGUGCACAAGCUGCUGGCGAGAUGCCAGAUCGAAGGCGCACAGACCGUGCCAUCGCCCGUGCAUCUCAAGUGGAAGAUCCUGGGCAGCACCGUGUCGUCGUUGGGCAUCUCGACCGUCGGCGAAGAGGGCGGCAAGAUCGAAGAGGUCGUCAGGCAGUGUGUCGCCGGCAAGUUUAUCGCUUCGCCGUAA